GGAAUCGGAUCUGGGCUGGUGCGGAAUCAGCCGAUGCCGAGGUUCAGUUAAACAAUACAGCAGGUGGUUUCCCCUUGGCGCUUUUUUCUCUUUCUCUAUCUCUCCUUUUUUUUUUUUUUUCGGCCCCCUUUUUGUCCCAGCCAAAAGAGGAAGAAGCAAACAAGGCGAGGUUGUUAGGUACUUUUAAAGAGGGAAAAGGAUUUCGAAUUCCAUUUCUCUCCCGGCAUUCAAUUCCGAUUGACUAGAAAAGUUUAGCUGGAUCAAGGAUUAGCGUUGGCGGUUCUGGAGUUCUGAGGAGAAGUCCAAAAUAAUUGAUGGCGUAUAGGAGGAGGCAGCAAUUAGGUAAGGCUUCCACUUUCAAAGAAGAAAUUGGGAGUCCGUAUAAUCCAGCGCCUCCUCCUCCGCUGCAGCUACCGGACGAUGUUGACGGCGACGGCGGCACUUCAUCGCCUUCCGCAUCCUCUCUCGCUGCUAAAGCAAUCAGAGCCUCUUCUGCUCAUCACGACUCGUCUCUCUCGUCCGCUUAUGGCCAGUCCGCCUUCUCCUCUCCUCGCGACUCCAAUCCCCUUCGAUCCUCGUCUUCUUCCUCUUCCUCGCCCAAGGGGUUUUCCAGCUAUGAGUAUACGUCAAUGAAAAGCUUGAAUGAACCUAAACAAGGAUUUUGGGGUGUACUUGCUAGAAAAGCUAAAGCCAUUAUAGAUGAUGAUAAUGCAUCCCAACAGCAUGAAACACCAGGAAGGACAACACCGCAGAUGUCUGGUAGAGCAACUAGAGGCCAGUAUGAUGGGACAUACUCGUCAUAUGAAAGCCGUCCGAAGAAAGACAGCCCUACUUUACAAAAGGGACUAGGUGCUCUGGCUUCUUCGCUUAAUUACAUUGGCGGGACGAUUGGAAAUGCAUUAGAAGAGGGUCUUGCAGUUGUGGAGAAUCGCACUGCAGACAUCAUUCAAGAAACACGCAAGCUGCAAAUUAGGAAAAAAGGAAGUGGUUCUAUACCUGAGAACCAGACUUCGAAUACUGGUAGUUUUCGGCAACAACCAUUGGGCCAGACCCAUGUGCAACCCCGGACACAUGCAGAAUUGGAAAUCCAAUUGAAAGCAUCUCGCGACGUUGCAAUGGCAAUGGCUGCAAAGGCAAAACUUCUUUUACGGGAACUGAAGACUGUCAAAGCAGACCUAGCUUUUGCUAAAGAGCGCUGUGCUCAGCUGGAAGAAGAAAAUAGAAUUCUCAGAGAAAGUCGUGAAAAAGGAGACAACCCAGAAGAUGAUGAUUUGAUACGGCUUCAACUUGAGACACUUUUAGCUGAGAAAGCUCGCCUGGCUCAAGAGAAUUCUGUUUUUGCACGGGAGAACCGUUUUCUGAGGGAGAUUGUCGAAUACCACCAGCUUACCAUGCAGGAUGUUGUGUACCUUGAUGAAGGGACUGAGGAGGUCACUGAAGUUUACCCUGUUAAGGUGCCUUCGACCUCUAAUCUCCUAUCGCUUGGAACAACGCCACCUUCAUUACCACUGUCUCUGGCAUCUCCAUUUGCUUCUCAUGAUGCAACUCCAUUAGUGACUCGUGAUAUUGCGGUGCAUCCAGUUCCAUCCUCGGAGCCCAAAGACGUCUUCCAAUCUGUCACCCCACUUAGUUCCUAUAUCCCUAUGCCAAAUGAAGAUCUGGGGAGACACUAAUUUAUUUGCUUGGAUGGACUUUGUCUGAUUUUUCUCCUUCAACAGAGUGUGUUGAGUUGAUCAUUUUGUCUUAAGCAAGCUGUUCAUGACCUUACAAGAGAGAUUCCCGUUUCCUGCAUCUUUGAAAUUUUUAUAUAGCUCCGAUCAAUGUGGCAGCACGACUUUCAGGGGUUACUGCAUCAAUUUGAACUUUUGUAUUCAGUUGCAUGUUUAACUUUCUGUUGCACUGGGAUAGUAGUAUUCCCCUAUUCGGUGUUGUCGUAACGUGUACACGCUGCUACUUCAGCAUUAUGACCAUAAGGGUGGCUUGGCUCUAGAAUUUUGCGAAGCUGAUGAAGCAGAAGGUUAACAGCUAGACCUAGCAUGCGGUUGCUGAGAAUUUAGAACCCCGCUAAACAGAAGGCUGCCCAUUCUUCUAAGGUGAGGCGCACUCGUGAAAGAACAGCGAAGACUGACGUAGAAAGGAAAAGGCCAAAUGCAGAAGGGAAAUCUAGCUGCCCAUGAAAGAUACAGAAGAAAUGCUUUAUCUGCGAGCAAUCAAGAGGUCACGAUUAAGCGUCUAACUAAGAGCAGUAUUCCAUUUUUUUUUCUCCCUUUAUAUUGUUUAAGGGUAUAAUCGCAAUGUAGUCACAUGUUAGAUACAUGAGAUCCUUCCACAAAAUAGUAGCAAAAAGAAAUUCACAAGGACCACCACGAGGCUGAGCCAGACACCCUGAACGAUGGCUUUCAGUAGUAUUUUUCUUC